UGUGCUGCAUGUUGACAGGAGCAGCUACCACAGCUCUGUAUGUGCGAGACAGACAGAUUGUAAGGUGUUGUGCGAGUGUCUUUUGCCGCGUUAUCUUGAAGCCCGUUUCCCACUUCUGGGCAGAAAGAUGACGAUGUUCGGGUUGCACGAAGAAAAGCAUAAUGGCUUGAUGUGAACAGAGUGAAAGUCUUCCAACACUAAAGAUCAUCUGUGGCCAACAGGAACACAGAGGCCUUUAAAAUGUUCCGGAGGAAGAAGAAGAAGAGGAAGAUAGACAUCUCUGCACCCAAGAACUUUGAGCACCGGGUGCACACGUCUUAUGAUGCUGCUCGGGGCUGUUUUGUUGGACUGCCACCACAAUGGCAAAGUAUAAUAGAAACACUAAAGAGACCCAAGCCUUUGGUGGAUCCUUCCAACAUCACAUCUGUACAGCGUAAGAAGGAGAAGGACAUUGUGCGGGGCAGUUUUAUAGGACAUGGAGACUACAUUGCAUCAGCAAUUGCUGAAAUGACUAAGCUUUCUGUUACCAACUCCAACUCACUCAGGAGGACUAGUAUGUCUCUUCGUAAAAGAGCCCAGUCCUUGGGACGCCUGGGUGAGCUCACUGAAAAGGAAACAUAUCAGUAUCAGCAACUGAAUGAGAAUAAACAGAAAAAUGGUCAGCCUCUCCUAGAUUGGCAUGAUUGGGCACAGCAAGUCUAUAGUGAGAGUGGAAGCCCACGACCAGGUGCCAAAAAGAGUGCAACUCUCCAACCUAAUGGGCUUCCCCCAAGAGCCAGGUCUAUUAUUGAAGUCAGCACGAGGCCUCAGCUCAUGCCAAGGGACAUUUUAGGUUUACCAGGAGCAGGUCAAGAAAGCAAAUAUGCCCAUAGCGAGAGGCUCGGGCAUUAUUAUCCCAGCAUGGCUCGGAGGGUCAGUCAGCCCAACCAAAGGCCUGUGUCCUGCCUCUACAAUACCCCCAUAUUAAGUCAAGAGUCAAAUGUCAAGCCAAAGGAGACUCACAGGUCAGACCUUCCCCAUGUUUCUGUGGAGACCCCUAAGAGACCAUACUCCACUUAUGACUUGAAGACAAACUCAGCAGGGUUCCCAGCCAUCUCAAAGCCAAAUCACACCAGCAGUUCGAAACCAGCGUAUGACACCAAAUCUCACUCUCAGUCCUUCAGCAAUUCAACAGUUACAUCACCUAACAGUACCUCACUACCCCCUAUACAGGACAGUCCUUCUCAGCCUCGGCCCUCGCCGACAGGCUCUCCAGCCGCUAACAUUCCUGGGGCUUGUUCUCCCAACGUAAGAACUGCUGAGCCAGCCACGAUCAUUUGUGAGCAGCCUGCGGUCACUCAUACACAAUUCAAGGCUGCUCUGCAAAUGGUAGUAGACAAAGGGGACCCCCGCACCUAUCUGGAGAACUUUGUGAAGAUCGGUGAAGGCUCAACAGGAGUUGUCUGUAUUGCACGGGAGAAACAUAGUGGGAAACAGGUCGCAGUGAAGAUGAUGGAUCUGAGGAAACAGCAAAGGAGGGAGCUGCUCUUUAAUGAAGUGGUUAUCAUGAGAGAUUACAGGCACAAGAAUGUGGUUGAGAUGUACAAGAGUGCUCUAGUGGAGGAGGAGCUUUGGGUCAUAAUGGAGUAUCUGCAAGGUGGUGCUUUAACCAGCAUAGUAUCUGAAACCAGAUUGACGGAGGAGCAGAUAGCUACAGUGUGUGACGCUGUGCUUCAGGCUCUGGCCUAUCUCCAUGCACAAGGUGUCAUCCACCGAGACAUCAAGAGUGACUCAAUAUUACUAACACUGGAUGGGAGAAUAAAGCUAUCAGACUUUGGAUUCUGUGCUCAGAUCAGCAAAGAUAUUCCAAAGAGGAAGUCACUAGUUGGCACUCCAUACUGGAUGGCUCCUGAGGUCAUCUCCAAAAUCCCGUAUGGCACAGAGGUGGAUGUGUGGUCUCUGGGCAUUAUGGUGGUGGAGAUGGUGGAUGGAGAGCCUCCGUAUUUCAGUGACACACCAGUUGCUGCUAUGAAGCGACUGAGAGAUGAAGCAGCACCUUCUGUCAGAAAUGCACAUAAGAUCUCGCCAGUGCUGAGGGACUUUUUGGAAUCCAUGUUGACAAAGGACCCUCUGGAGAGAGCGAGUGCUUCUGAUCUGCUCAAGCACCCUUUCCUGCUGCAAAGUAGCUCCCCUCGCUGUCUGGUGCCUCUUGUAGAGCAGUACCGGAAACGCAUGUCUCGCUGCUGAACAGCACUGCAUUCAUCAGCGAAAUACAUAAACUCUAAACAUACAAUUUAUGAAUGUGAACUUUUUAUGCCUGUCAGUGACCUGACCUCCAUGGUCAGUAUUUUCAAAAGGGAUAAGUGUGUAACAGUUUAGCAUUUUUUUUUGUUUCAUCUUCCCUCACUAAAUUUGCACUCGAGUGAUUGACAUUCCCUAAGUUAAAUUCCAAAAUUUUAUUAAAAAAAAUAAAAAAAUAAAAUGUAAGUUAAAUCUCACUAUACCAGGUACAUCUCAGUAUUAUUCGUUGCCUACCAGAAAUUUAUUAAAGAUGAAUCUACAUCUCAGAGGUUUGUUUUUCUAUUUUAAAAUUUAGUAUUUCCCUAACCUCCUAAAUGUAUUUGUAUUGUCAAAAAAAAUACCAUGUAUUUAUUUUAUACUGGUACAAAUCAUUUUAAAUCAAUGUAAUUUACAUGAUAAUCUGUCUGCUUUUAAAACGAUCUAUUUUGUAUUAAAGCAUUUAUUUUGGACAUCAGAGCUAACAACCUUGUUGUUAAUCAUUUGACGUCAUUUCUGUUUCCGGUGUUCUGUAAAGUUAUCCUACCUCUUGGAUUUGUCCUACCAAGCCUACUGCGCAUGCGCGAAAUCCAGGAGGGUAGGAAAAUUCAACAGACUCGUCUGCCGAGCCGUGCUGCGUGUCAGGAAAAGUAACAAUAUUUUUAAUAUUACUUUCAAAUUUUAAAUCAAUGUAAUUUACAUGAUAAUCUGUCUGCUUUUAAAACGAUCUAUUUUGUAUUAAAGCAUUUAUUUUGGACAUCAGAGCUAACAACCUUGUACGAUUUACUCAACCAAAUAAGCUAUAUUCAAUAAUUACAAUGUAGGCAUAUUUGCAAUUCAGAAACGUCUAAAAUACAGUAUUUAUAAACAAACGAAACGAUGCCCCGUCAUAACUUUGACUGCACAGUGCCCACUGCGUGACAGAAUUAGCAAGUUCUCAUACAGACCGUUUUAUUAUUCAAAACAAGUCAUUACAAAUUAUUUGACUCGGCCAAAGACUCGACCAAUACGCACAAAACAUAAAAAUCGGCAAAUGCGUGAAAUACUCACCGAUUUUCUAUCAGCCCAGCAGUAGGACAAAACUCGGUCCCAAUUCCAAGAUAUGACGUCAUGUGUUCUGCGCAUGCGCAGUAGGCUUGGUAGGACAAAUCCAAGAGGUAGGAUAACUUUACAGAACACCGGUUGAGAGUAGGCUGUGCGCAUUUUGGUUGCCGCUUCUCACUGGAGCUUUUUGUUUAUCUUAUUUUCUCCUUUUGUUUUUCUUUUUGUGUUUGUAUAGUUUGAUUUUUUUUUGUGUGUUUUGUCUGCCGAUUGUAGUGUACAGUAGCUCCAGACCCAGUUUUGGCGUCGGUUUCCUUCAGGCCUUGAUUCACCAUGGGUGAAGUUUGUGCUCCUCUCUAUGGACUGCAGUGAGCUCGUUGCUCUUUUAACACCGGGGUUGUCCAGCACUCUGUGCGGCGCCGCUUCUGUGCUUGGCAAGGUGUUCCAAGCGAUGUUGCCCGGCGACGUUGUGACGGCUGUGCAGGAGGUGUGGGAUUUAUCAUCAUGCGCCUUUUGGUGGGACUGUGGACAGCUACACCAUUGGAAUUACUUCCUGAUUCUUCUCAUCUCAUCUCAUUAUCUCUAGCCGCUUUAUCCUUCUACAGGGUCGCAGGCAUGCUGGAGCCUAUCCCAGCUGACUACGGGUGAAAGGCGGGGUACACCCUGGACAAGUCGCCAGGUCAUCACAGGGCUGACACAUAGACACAGACAACCAUUCACACUCACAUUCACACCUACGGUCAAUUUAGAGUCACCAGUUAACCUAACCUGCAUGUCUUUGGACUGUGGGGGAAACCGGAGCACCCAGAGGAAACCCACGCGGACACGGGGAGAACAUGCAAACUCCGCACAGAAAGGCCCUCGCCAGCCCCGGGGCUCGAACCCAGGACCUUCUUGCUGUGAGGUGACAGCGCUAACCACUACACCACCGUGCCGCCACUUCCUGAUUCUUUUUUGGUGGAACCCCCCCCAAUUGUAAAGCGAUCUUGGGUAUGAGAAAGGCGCUGUAUAAAUUGAACUUAUUAUUAUUAUUUAUCUGAUGACAGGGUACACAUACACACCUAUUGGCAAUUUUGCCAAUUGAACUAAUCUGCCUGUCUCUGGACUGUGGGAGGAAACCAGAGCACCUGGAGGAAACCCAUGCAAGCAGGACGAGAACAUGUAAACGCCAUACAGAAAGGCCCUCGUUGGCUACUGAGCUCAAACCCAGUACUUUUUGGAGAGAGAGAUUGAUUGAUUGAUUGAUUAUGGUGCCCUUUUUAAAGAUUAGUAUGAAGGAAAAAAUCCACCUUUAGGGGAAAUAGCUUCUUCUAACAUUGGAAAAUUGUGGCAUAUGUUUUUGUUUUAAAAAAAAAAUUCUUGAUGGAUUUGUUUUUCUCUGAAUAAAUUUAUUUCAAUUAAAGGUUGGAUUUUUUCUCAUUUAUUCACUGUGAGAUGAAGCUACUUCUCCAAAAGGUGGAUUUUUAAAACCCUUUUUACUCAUCUUUAUAAGGGGUAGGCAAUAAACGUGUGUGUGUGUGUGUGUGUGUACGUACAUAUUACAGUACCAGUCCAAAGUUUGGAUACACCUUCUAAUUAAAUGAUUUUUCUUUAUUUUUAUUAAUUAAAAGUCACUUCAUGUCUUAAA